UGUGUGUGUGUGUGUGUAUAAGGUAUGUUAUUUUAAGAGACAAAACAGGCAGCGUCACAUGAAUAGGUAGGAGGAACAGUCAAGUCUGAGCCUGCUAGGUUAUUUUCAGCACAGUCAUUAGUACUGAUUUCAUCUGAAGCCAGACACUUAGGUUAACAUGCAAGGGUGCAAUUUUCUUACUUUGUUACAGGCAACAAAGUAGGAAAUGGGACACAGCCAAAAGACAAGAGUUGUCCUGAGCAAUAGGUGAUAUCACAGGAUUUGCUUCAUAUACCUGUGAUUACUUACACAGAGCUGGCAGGGACUGCAUUUCACUAGACGAAGAAAGCAAAGACAACCUGUACAAUGCUGAAUCAUCUCAAGAGGCAUGCACACAGUCCAUAGGGGCAAAGAGCAGGCUUUGCUUUGAUUGCACCAUUCUUGGAAAGGAUAAAAGAGGAAACUGCUCAGCUAAUUCUAAAGGUAUCAAUGCCAUGCUAAUGUGCUCACAGCAGCAUGAACCUCUGAGGAAGGGAAGGAGUUUUCAGAUCAGGUACUACUGCCACACUUGUUAUUGAAAUCUAUAAGUAUCACAAGUGUUUCAGCAUACUGGGCAUGAUUUCAAGAAAAUUUUAAGCAUCCUGAUGGCUCUGAAAGAAGACAGAUUAUUUCAGAUAAAUGAAUAAUUCUGUUUUAGAACUGCAGCAUCCAGCUGUGGACUUUAAAAAUGCAGAAACACGGUAGGAUACAAACGGGUCGGCUUACCAGUGAAUUAUAAGACUGAAAUGGUGCCCGAGAAAUGUGAAAGAGGAGUUCAGAGGGUUACUGGCAAUGCAGAGAUUACAGAGAGUCUUCCUGAUAUGGAAUUAAGUGACAGCUUUGAUGAGAUGCCUCGGCAGAAUUUCUGCAACCAUGACUCGUUCGUUGAAGUUAGUCAUGAUGACUUGAAACAGCAAGUGUUUUACAAAAUCGCUGAUGCCAUGACAUUUGGAGACAGUAUUCAUUCACUGGAUGACCCUGUAAAAAACAUACAGAUAGAAGAGAGUAGCCCUGCAGAGGGACUGAUAUCCAUACUAAAGAAAAGACAUGCAGCUGAAGAAGACCUUAAUGGUGAACAGUUCCAGCAAAAACAGUCAAGGAGGAGAGUGAGGUUUAAAGAGCCCACAGAAACAUCCCACAAGGAUGAUUCUGGUAGUGAUUCCUACCUAUCACUGAGCCUGCUGUGCACAGCAAUAACUGUCCUGAUUCUUGGAGGAAUGAUCUUGUACUGUACCUUUACUGAUGAACACUCAAGCAUAUGUACAAACUUUUUGAGUACCAUGGAAUUGUACUACACAAAGCUACAAAGAAGAAUACAGGAGCUGAAACAAUGGACUUCAUUUUCCUAGCAGUUACUGUGCACAUGGGUAUGUUAACACUAUCACAUAGAACUGUGCACAGUCUUACAGAAUACUGAAUGAUCGUGCAACAGAUAUGACAUUAAGACUCAAACCUCAGCAUGCUUUCUCAAAAUAAAAUUAAUGUAUUCAUGUUCACAGCAAAACCUUGGUGAAGCACUGCUUCAUGUAAGGGAAUACUACUCAUGCAAGGAAGAAAAGUCAGAAGUGCAAAAAAUCAAGUUAAAAUAUAUAAAACCAAAAGAGUUUUAUAGAUUUAUUCUAAGGAAUAUCAUGUUUGUGUGUGAAAACUGUAUAUGUAAAAGUAUGUAAUACCUACAAUAAACUUGCAACAUUUAAGAAAACAUUUGCAACCUGCAGCAAAUAAACAUUUGAAAUACACACCUGUCAAAACAAAAAUGCACAUGAAGCUGGUUUAACAGCACUAUACUUCUAAAUACUUAGUUUCACAGCUUACAUAAUUUUAAUGUGUUUAAUAUGUUAUAUUUCUGUAAAAACUGUAUUAUAUUCCUGAAAUCACGUUAGGCUUUUUUCAUACAUUUUGUAAUCGGAAAAGAAGCAUUUUGUUCUGGCAAACAUUUCAAGUCAACCAGUUUUAGAAACACAGUUUUGAAAUACAAACAUACAUUGACCAUAAACUUGAUAACUUUUUAUGUACCAGAGUAAUCCAUGGAAGAACAAUAGCAAAGAAAAAGACUGUGAUAUGCAUGAUAUAACUACAAAUAUCAUUUACAAUGCAUUUCCUUAUCACUUGCAGCCUUUUUUGUAACCUGGGCUUGUCAUCUGUUGUCUAUCAUUUUUAAGUUGUUGCCAAGCACAUUGUAAAACAGUUCUGCUUAUAUAAAUGAGCCUUCACCCAUGAUAAUGGAAACACCACCACCAGGGACAGUAAACUCAUUGUAGAAUAAGGCAAGCAUUACAAAUUUAACGUGAAGAUCUAUUUAUUAAUAAGGCCACAAAGAAAGAAGGCAGAUUAUGUAUAGGAUGACAAUGUAAUUGUAUUGUUCCAGCAAAAGAGGAUUUGUGCUAUGAAGCAAUCUGUCAGGCCAGAUUCCACACACUGCUUUAUUAUCAGGUAGAGCAGACUACAGGAGAUGCUACUUCUACUGGGUUAUGUUUAUGUUGCAUAAAUAUACAAUCCCGAGAACCCAAACUCUUUCAGGAAGAGCUAGAUUAACCAUCAAUGUCUACCACUAGAAUGUUGUCAUACUACAGAGUGGGUUAAUUUCAACAGUUUUUGAGGAAGGACUGUGCUUGAUUUGUUUUGUUAAAAAGCUGUUGAGAACAGGAACCUAGAACCAGUCACUAAGAAAGCAAAUGUCAGUGUUCAUAACUAGUGCAUUUUGUUUUCUAGAAAGAUUUCCUUUCAUAGGCAAUGUAAUUUGUAAGACUGAUUAUAAUUUUUGUGCAAAACCAGUUAUUUGAAACUGAGGAGAACUAGAAUGUGAGGGUUUUCCUGAUUCAUAAGGGAUCUCCAUCCCAUGCUCUGUUUUCUCUAGCUACUCUAUCUCGACACACACACACACACACACACACACACAUUUGUGUAGCCUCUCUCUAUUAUGUCUUCCUGGAAACAUUGUGUUUUUCUCAUUCACACACACCAGAGCCAAUUUACUAAUAGGAUCAUCCUUGUUUAAAGAACUUCAAAGCAAAACUUAGUGUUAUUCUUAAGCAUAAAAGCUGUGUGCAAUCAGGGCUAUAACAGUUUGUAAAACUUUCAUGACUAUGUACUACUGAGCGUCAGUGACAGGGCAGUGCCUGGUGUAGUGUUUUUGACUUACACAUGUACUUAUAUAGUGUAACUUCAAAUGGUUUCUUUUUUAAUUAAUUGUGUUAAAGAACAUCUGUUUUCAAGUACUUCAUUUUCUGUAUCUUUCUGUUGUCUUUUGGCACUUUAAUUUAGAAACUGUGCCAUGUUCUGCAUUUAACUAAUUCCUGCUUAAUAAGUACAUCUUUUUGAAAAUAUUCAUCUUAAUAAAAAAUAUUUUGAAACAUUCUUUGUAAAAAAAAAUAAAAAUUGGGUAGCACUCUGCAAAUUUCACAGCUUAAAAUCAAGAUGUUAAUGAUGGUUUUGAAUUUUGUUUCUUAUGUCCACGAUAUAGUAGUAGUUUAGUAGACCCUAUCACUAAAACAAACUGCAUUAUUGUACAUUCACAGAAAUUCAAAAGAGUUCUAACUUCUUAUUUAUUUAUUGCUUCAAAGACUUGGAAUAAAAGGCU